CGAAGUCGAUCAUAUACAGGAGGCUGACAUGGUUCACAAGUGAAUGGCUCACGCCCCACCAGCGCGUCGACGUCGACACUAUAACGCGUCAUGUCUCAACAACGCACAUCUCACAAUUAUUGCCGCUGCAGGAGCAACCCCCAAUCACGGCCUCCCAGGUGUCGGAAAAAGAUGCAGACAACCCCAACCGCAUGGAAUAGUCCGAGGACACAUGCUAGUAUCGUCUCUCUCAGAUCCAAGAGACGAAAUACAACAUUCAAAAUGGUUUCAACGAGGCUGGACUUAUCAAGAAGGCAUUCUUUCUCCCAGACGACUUAUCUUCAUCGACAGCCAGGUCCACUUCGAGUGCUCUGGUAUGUACUGUUGUGUAGCUCUCAAUCUCCCCUUACGAAGCCUCCAUACUCAGAGCGGCCACCGUUUCAGAGCACAAUUUUGUGACAAAAUCAACAUCGGGAUGUUCCCGAGAGGAAUCGGCACGUUAGGAUGGGAGAUAGUCCAAAGAAUCGAAGAAUACACUAAAAGGCAGUUGACCGAUUCCACUGACAACUUGAAGGGGUUUCUUGACGUCUUACACGCCUUUGCAAGGAGCCGGAAACGAGUGUUACAUUGUGCUGGCGUGCCGAUGAUUUCGGCAUCUUCACAACGAAGGCUUGGUCGGGAAUCAAAGCCAUGUGUACAGGAACUGUCUCCACUCACUGGAUUUUGUAGGGGAUUAUGUUGGGGUUGUUGCACCAGCAGAGCGGCGUGA